AUGGAGCUUCCAGACAGAGCAGCAGCAGCCAGGAUCGAUGGAAAUGCUGCAGCUGAAGCAACAGGAAUUGUUGUAACAUUAACUGGUAACAGCAGGGAUAGGGGUGCCAACGGCUCCUCACGACAACUGUGGGGGGGCUCUCAGUCAGCCAUGGCAUCUACAGUACCCCCAUCUGCAGCAGCAGCAACAGGAACAGAAGCAGCAUCAGGAGCAAUACGGCACUCUCCCAGGACGCUACAUCAACAACGACUGCCAGCUGGGACGGCGGCAACAAACGCAGCUCUUGCUUCAGCAAGGCGCCGGGUGCUCGUGAAGCAGCAGCAACUUCUGGACUAUCUGGAUUGCAUAUCGGCGGGAGAGCGGCUGCUAAGAGAAAUUCAGCAGCAGCAACAGUGUCCCAAGCGGCCCACAGCCCUCAGCAGGCUGACGGGGGUGUUACCGCAGCAGCAGCAACACCCCGAGGAGCUGAGACAGCAAAGGGAACAAGAGCUUAUGCGGCUCCUGUGGGGCCGCUCUGAAGUGCAAACCAAGCAAAAACAGGAACCGGUGAGCAAGCGGCAGCAGAAGCAGCAGCAGCGCUUGAAGGGCACCAAACGGCAACUUCCAACGAGCGCCUUGCAACGGCUUUUCUUUAGAUUGCAGCGCAAGAUGAAGCAGCUAGAACUGGUGCAAGACCGGCAGUCAGCUGCUCAACAGCUGGGCAAGGACCCAGCGAAGCUAAGAUCGCUGCCUCGUGAGCGCAAGCAGGAGCAGCAGCAUCGGGAGCAGCAACAACAAGGGCAAAAGCUGCAGGAAUGCCAACAACAGCUGCAGAACGAGCAGCAAAACCCACUGGAGCAGCCACAGCCCCCACAACAGCAGCAGCACCACCAACUACAGCAGAAGGGAUGGCGACAACAGCAACAGCAAAUGACUUGGGGGUUCGCACAACAUCAACAGGAGCUGCUGCAGCGUGGAUUUGGAGGCUGCACAUUUCUGACUGCUUGUGAAGAUACUGGCGGCCAACCAGUUUCUGCUGCUGCUGCUGCUGCCCCUGCUAAUGCCCAUGCUGCUCAUCGUGCAAAUCUUGCCGACUUUUCACCUGCAAGUGUUGGUGUUGCAGCAUCGGCUAGCGUUGUUCUUCCUGCUGCAAGCGCGGCACAAAAAUGUGCUGGAAUAGCCCCGCCGCCUCCAGUGGUAGACGCAAUAAAGGAUGUUGCUGCUGCUGCUCGUUUGGCCAGGCCUGCAGCUGCAGAUCACACUCAGCUUGCUCGUGAUGCAACGAAUGUUCCAACUGCUGCCAUUGCUAUCGCUGCUCUGAAUGCUGUUUCUACCCCUGUUAACGCCUCGGGUGCUCCUACUAAUGCUGCUACCCCUCCUGUGCACCUCCUUGAAGGACCAACACAAUCUGCAACAGGCAGCUGCUUUAGCAGCCGAAACAACAGUAGGAAGUGCCUGCUGCAGCAGCAGACAAAAGGACAACAACCGCAGCAACAAGACCUCUGCAUGCGUCUGUUGGAUGGGCAGAUCGAGGUUGCAGCAGCACCUCAUUCUUUGGCGACAGCCCGGCGGCAGCAGCUGCAGCAGCUUGUCGCCUCCAGGACAGAAACUUUGGUGCACAUUGGGGUGGUUUUAGCGUCAGCGGCAGCAAGGUGUGACAAGCUUACGGCUGCUAGAGAGGCGUUCAAAGAGCACGUGCGCAGCAACGGACCAAGGCUACGCCGCAACGUAAUAAACGGGCAGGCGAGCAACAAAAGUCUUCGAGUGUACAAGCACCGAGCAGCAGCAGCAACACGAAAGGCUGAGAAACUCCAAGUAGAAGAAGAAACAGCAGCGGCAAUUGAGGAACAGCUGCAACGGGAAGCUGAGGCGUUACUGCCCUACAAGGAAAAUAGAGCAGAGCCGAGCCGCCCUUGUAAAUUUCAAGAGCCGGGCAUUGCAAGAAGAGGAGGAGCACUUGGCAACACUUAG